AUGGAAAAUUUUUUUUCUCGGCAUGUGAGCAUAGCCGAGAUAGGCAAAGAUGACUGGAUCUAUAGCAAAGGAUACAUUGCGAAGGGUACUGCCAUUUAUGAUGAUUCGGGCACAAAGAUGCUUGAGAUUCCAUUUGUCCCAAAGCAUUUCCAUGCUUUAGCAUUUGAGUACUUCCUAAUAGACGAGCUGAACACAAUAUAUCUAAUCAAUAAGAGCACGGGGGAAACUUCCGAAAUUGGACGACUGAACAAUGGGGUUAAUGCUGUCAGUAUAUCCAAGGACGAGAAUUGGUGUGUUAUUAUCUCUGGCAAUGAGAUUCUUCUUUUUGACACAUAUAUUGACCUCAAGAAAUCGAUUGAGAUUGAUUUCGAUGGCGUCAUCCGAGUCGAAUGGACGGACUAUGGGCUUUUUGCAGUGCUAACCAGCAAAACGAUAUUCUUUUAUGAUACUGAACUCAAUCUAUUAGGAAAAAGUAAAGAGGGGAAGUAUGUAGACAUUUGCUGGAGAAGCAAAUAUAAUAUAUUUGGAUGUUCAACAGGAACAGAUGUUCGCUUCAUUGAGCCUAAUGGGCUUGACCAUGGAGACCCACUGGACGUACGAUGCACUUCACUAUCCUUUCUUGAAAAUGAAGAUCUACUUGUUACAGCUGAAAAAAAUGCUCAAGGCUCCCUACUCAAAGUAUUCUACACAAAGAAUUUUCAUUGGUAUCUGAAGAUUUCAAAGCAGGUGUCUGGUAGGUUUUUAUGCAUCGAGAAGAAUGCAGUACUAUUUGACGACGAAGAGAAGCUAGUAAGGGUUUUUUUGUUCAAGGAAAAGACAUGCUGUGGGCCAGAAUACUAUGUAAUUGAUGGAAACUGUAUACUCUACACGGAUUUUUCAGAAAAGAUCAUUCCCCCUCCAUUCUUCUCCACAAGAAUUGACCUUGAUAAAAACAUUAUUGAUGUCUUUCCAGGAAAAAAAAAAGGCGCGGUUCUCCAGAAGGAUGAGGUGACUAUCUUCAGGUGGGAGAAUGGUGACUUUGUGAGGGUAAAGACAUUCCUUCUAAAAGAGGAGUUUGACUCUGUUUUACUGUUUGGCAACCUUCUCCUUCUGAAGGGCAGAAGCUCGUUUCUUGUCAAAGGAAUGAGUGAAGAAAAAGAAAUAUACAUAAAUAAGAACUCAGAGACUGAUGAGGGAAAAUGGCCGAGCAUUAUAGGCACAGAUAGUAUUUGUAGGCAAUUGCAAGAUGCAUUGAGGGGACCAGGAGGUAUUGCCAAGUGCUAUAAUCUCAAGGAGAAAUUGUGUCUGGUAUUAGAAGAUGGAUCUGUCAUCUACGAUGGCACUAAGAUAUAUUCUGGAGUAGAUCUGUCGCAGAGGUUUGAGAUAGUUAUAGAGGAGGAUACUUAUAUCCAUAAUGGGAUGGGGCUUUGUAUAAAUGGCGAGAUUACGGAGAAUGUAGCUUCAUUCUUAGUUGGAGAGCUUGGCAUGAUCACUGUAUCCGAGGGUAUGUGUAGGUUUCUCUUUGAGUCCAAAGAAAGUACUUGCCAGGUCGAUCACAAUCUAGAGCUUCUAUGCGCCGUAGAUUUCAGAGUGAUUGGGAUGACUAGACACGGGACACUUGAAACAUACACCCCUAAGAUUUAUACACUAGCAUUUGUGAAGAAGCUUUUGUUUGAUGGGAAGUAUAAGGAUGCAGUAGACGGAUGUCUGAGACAUGUCGUUCCCUUUAGGGUAUUUCUAGACUAUGAUAUUGAAUUCAAGAAAUUUGUGGAUGGAUGUAAAGAUGCACAUCUGAUAUCAUUUUUCAAUGAAGCCCUUCAAAGGCUCGAUGGCUUCGAUUUCGUCCUUGAAAGUGAGAGGGCCAAAAGACUUAGAAGGGUUUUCAAUUCUGCUGUAGUCCUGGAGUCCGAAAAUGCUAGAGAGCAUUUUGAUGGAAUGAUAAAGCAUGACGAGUCAAUAAGUUCAAAUGCCCUUGCUCAUCUAGUUGGAUGGAAGUACAAAGGGGAGCCUUAUGAUCAGGAAACCUGCAGAGGUGAGUACGAAAAUACUCUCGAGAAGAACUCUAAUAUGUGUGGACGGAGACCUAGAGAUUUCUUCAAUGAGCUACUCUUGUCUCUAGAUCUAGAAAAGAAUUUCAAGUUUAUUAUUUUCUUGCUUGUGAAAGUAAAGAGAGUAGAUCUAGCACUUUUGGUGGCCAGGCACGACUUAAAGGCAGGUAUUGAGUAUAUGCUAUCUAUAACCAGUAUAGAUAAUGUUAUAAAUUCUGCAUUGGAGAGCUGCGAUGAAAACUUGAUACGUGAAACAAUGGAGGCCUGCCGAAAAGACUCGUCGGACUUUCUUUCUUUAAUUCAUAGCUGUGAGGAAGGUUUGCGGAGGUUUAAAGUUAAUGAUUUCCUUGAGAAUAGAGUCGAUGCUCUUUGGCAUCUGAGCAGAACAGAAAUGGUUGAUCUCGAAAGAGAAUAUAUAAAAAAGCAUAGCCUUGUUGAAGAAGCACUGAUGUAUGAAGCCUGUGGGUUGAGCAUUAGAGAAGAGGGACAUUACUUCAAUCUGUGUGCAGAGCUUCUUUCUCCCGACAAGGCCUUGAUCCUUUUUAAAAAAACAGGGAACAUAGAGAAGGCUUUAGAGGUAUCUUUAGAAAAUCUGUAUUGGAGAGAGGCCUUAGAUCUUUGCGACAAGGAAAAUUGGAGGGAUCUUUGCAAGCUGUUGGCCUGUAGGCUUUCAGAGUCUGGAAGGCAUUAUGAAUCAGGCAAAUUGCUGGAGGAGUUUCUAGAAGAUCCGGAAGGGGCCUUUGGCGAGUAUAUAAGGGCUAGAAGUAUGGGAAAUGCUUUAAGACUAUGCACAGAUGAUGAAUGCCUCAUAAGGGAAUCACGUGAUAUUCUGAGGGAGAAGCUCCUAUCUCUUGAUGAUAUCAAAAGAUCCUUUAUAAAAUACAGGAACAGAUUAGAAGCUCUUGAAGAAAGGGAGGACGAUUGGAUGAGCGAAACAUCGUUCAGCUAUACAGAAAAUAUGAAGGGGAGCAGAAGUACAAAGGCCAAGAAUAGGCCAGGAGGCAAGUACGAGAAAGAAUUUGUGCUUGGUAAGCUUAGGGAUAUUGGAUUGAGCCUGAUAAAAUGGAGGGACGGAACAGAGGAUCUUCUAAUGGUAUUCAAGAAAUUUAAGAUGGAGGAAUGUAUCUCUGCACAUGAUAUUUCAUUUAACGAAGUGGCAAGCACCAUUAAGGAUGAUAUGGAUAACAUAUUCAAAACAGAAAAAGGUCAUUUCUAUGAUCCAAAUAGGCCGAUUGUCGAAAAGCCAGACCUGAGUAAAUGGUGCUAG